CCAGAAUAAGGAGAGGGCAUUUACACGUGCACGUGCCGUCUGGAGUUUGUUGUAAUCUUCGCCGCUCGGUUAUAAAAUGACGGCAAGCGCCAAGGCUCGUACGACAGUGGGCAACGACGCCUUGUUCAAUUGCUUCGACUCAGGACGCAAGAUGAGGACCGUCCCAAUUUUUACCUUUUUGGUCGUCCUGGCUGUGGCCGAGUGUGUAUCGGCCACAAGCGUCCCAAAUUGCCAGAACGUGAACUGCGCUGAGGCGAGAUGCCAGCCCGCUGACUGCACAUGCGGAUCAUACAAGGACGGUUGCGGCUGCUGUGACAUCUGUUACAAGUGCCCCGGAGACGUGUGCACUCCCUUAUUUCAAGAACGCUGCAGUGGGGACAAGAUCUGCGAGCUGGAUGAGCCUGGAACCUUCUUUUUUGGAGGAAAGGGCAAAUGCAAGCUAUCCUAGUAUACAAAACACGUUGCCUCACAAAGCAUAAUGUCACUAUAUUUAAAUAA